CGGUCCAUUAUUGCGCAAUACUUUGUUCUCAUGCACUCCCAUAGAGGAGGGGUUAACCUUAUGUCUUAUCGAGUAACGGUGUCCCUCGGUCUCUCUCUCUCUCCCGCAGACGAUUUAGAGCCGCAAGGGCUUUUCUCAUCGGCCUCAUCCUAAUUCCUCAGAAGACCUGGGCCGUGACACUCUGCUUCAGCCAUGGCUCCCAAGAAGAACAAGGCAACCAAGAAGAACAAAGGGGAGAUCAAUGAGAUGACCAUCAUGGUGGAAGACAGCCCCGUCACCAAGAUCAACGGGCUGAACACCCUGCUGGACGGGGGAAACGGCUUCAGCUGCAUCUCCACCGAGGUCACGGACGCGGUGUACGCCCCCAACCUCCUGGAAGGGCUGAGCAAGAUGAGGCAGGACAGCUUCCUCUGCGACCUCACCGUGGCCACCAAGUCAAAGUCCUUCGAUGUCCACAAGGUGGUCAUGGCGUCCUGCAGCCAAUACAUCCAGAACAUCCUGAAGAAGGACACGGCGCUGCAGACCAUUGACCUGAAUGAGCUCUCCCCUGUGGGUCUGGCCACCGCCAUCACGUACGCCUACAGCGGGAAGCUGACGCUGUCCCUGUACAGCAUCGGCAGCACGAUCGCCGCGGCGAUGCUGCUGCAGAUCCACACCCUGGUGAAGAUGUGCAGCGACUUCCUCAUGCAGGAGCUGAGCGUGGAGAACUGCAUGUACGUGGCCAACAUCGCCGACGCCUACGACCUCAAAGAGACCAAGAAGGCGGCCCAGAAGUUCAUGCGGGAGAACUUCAUCGAGUUCUCCGAGAUGGAGCAGUUCCUGAAGCUCACCUUUGAGCAGAUCUGCGACUUCCUGUCGGACGACUCCCUGCAGCUGCCCUCCGAGGUCACCGCCUUCCAGAUCGCCAUGAGGUGGUUGGACUUCGACGAGAAGAGGCUGAAGUACGCCGCCGACCUCCUGACCCACAUCCGCUUCGGCACCAUCUCCGCCCAAGACCUGGUGAACCACGUCCAGAACGCCCCGCGCAUGAUGCAAGACCCCGAGUGCCACCGCCUCCUGGUCGACGCCAUGAAUUACCACCUGCUGCCGUUCCAACAGAACAUCCUCCAGUCGCGCAGGACCAAGGUGCGCGGGGGCGUCCGGGUGAUGAUCACCGUCGGCGGACGCCCUGCUCUGACCGAGAAGUCUCUGAGCAAGGAGGUCCUGUACAGGGAUGCUGAUAGUGUCUGGAAUAAGCUGACGGAAAUGCCAGCCAAGAGCUUUAACCAGUGUGUGGCGGUCCUGGAUGGUUUCCUGUACGUGGCGGGCGGAGAGGACCAGAAUGACGCAAGGAACCAGGCCAAACACGCCGUCAGCAAUUUCUGCAGGUAUGACCCCCGCUUCAACACUUGGAUUCACCUGAGCAACAUGAUCCAGAAGCGCACCCAUUUCAGCCUCAACACCUUCAACGGCCUCCUGUUCGCCAUCGGCGGCCGCAACUCGGACGGCGUCCAGGCCUCGGUGGAGUGCUACGUCCCCUCGUCCAACCAGUGGCAGACCAAGGCCCCGAUGGAGGUGCCGCGCUGCUGCCACGCCAGCUCCAUCAUCGACGGCAAGAUCCUCGUUUCCGGAGGGUACAUCAACAACGCCUACACCCGGGCCGUGUGCAGCUACGACCCCUCCACGGACACCUGGCAGGAUAAGAGCAGCAUGAGCUCGCCCAGGGGCUGGCACUGCGCCGCCACGGUGGGAGACCGGGCCUACGUGCUCGGGGGAAGCCAGCUGGGAGGCCGCGGGGAGAGGGUGGAUGUCUUUACGGUGGAAUGCUACAGCCCCCAGAACGGGCAGUGGAGCUACUGUGCCCCGCUGCGCACCGGGGUCAGCACGGCCGGCGUGGCGAUUCUCAACGAGAAGGUUUAUCUCCUGGGGGGCUGGAACGAGGUGGAGAAGAAGUACAAGAAGUGCAUCCAGGUUUACAGCCCUGAUAUCAACGAAUGGACUGAGGAUGACGAGUUGCCGGAAGCCACUGUUGGUAUCUCGUGUUGUAUGGUCAACAUACCCACACGUAAAACACGAGAGUCUAGGGCCAGUUCAGUUUCUUCUGCCCCAGUUAGUAUAUGAACUGUCAGAUAAAUGCCUGUAAUGCCUGUAUCGUAGGACAAUAUAUUGGUAACAAAUUCUAGAAACAGUAAGAUUCAUCGGUAAACAGAGAAGAAGAAUAUUUCCAUUAUCAAUGAUGUCAUGGGAAAUGGCUAAUAAAUUGGUUUACACUUGCAUUUAUCAAAAUGUCAUAACUGAAAUGCUAACCCUUUGAAGAUAUACAAAGGGAAUCAGUAUUAUUGAUUACGUAAAUCAUGAUGUGUAAUUGUAGCUGACAAAAAUGAAGGCACAGAAAAUAAUACAUCAAACUCAUCAUCGGACAGGAAUUUGCUUUGGGUCCAAUCAAGAUAGGAUGAUUUUGUCCAAUCUGAAGGCACAGUAGUUAUGUAAAUGUAAUGGUUUUAUGGCAAAGAAAUAAAUUGACAAGCAAGUAAUGGUGGCCACAUAUUGUAAAGUCUUUAGAACUCAAUGAGGUGAGGUGAGCAGGCAUAUAAUAUUUUAAACAAUGGAAAAAAAAAAUGCAAUAUCUGCCAUUGUGACCUUGGGUACACUUAAUAAAAAAAACAGUUAUUGAAACACUUUUUAAAGAGAAUUACAAUGUUUCAAUUUAUCGAAUAUCUGAUAAUCCAUCUCUGGGCAAAGCAUUGCAUUCAUAUAACAAGAAUGGUUGGAAUGAGCGGGUUCAAACUUGAAAUGAAAGCUUCUACCAGGAGUAGGUGGUUUUAGUAAAAGCCAGUUUCAACACAUUUCUCUUCAGGGUUCAAUUCGUCUGUAUGCAUGUCAUAUAUAGAGUAAUACCCAGGCAGGCAUUGUGUGUCUAACAAGCCUAUCCAUGAAAGGAAAUUGAUUAUGUUCUGCAGAAGAUGGAGUGGUAGGGGUUUCAAUGGUUUAGACGUGAUGUUUUGUAAAAAAAUAAAAUAAAAAGAUGCUAUAGGAAAAUAAAAUCUGCCUGAGCUUUCAAUGGGGGACAACAAAAGGAAUGUAAAAACUCCUUGACUGCUCAUGAUCUAUUUAUAUACUUGUAUUUAAAUCCAAUAGUUGUGAUUGUGUGAUACUGAUCAACAGUUAUUUAUUUAAAUGCAAAAUAAAAAGCUAUUAUUUUGUGCAAA